AUGCUAAAAAGGUCAACCGAAGUUUAUACAGCACACACACUCCCCCUCGAGUGCGAUAUCUACGCCACCAAUACUGUACCUGACGAUGCUCCAGCUGUCCUAUUUUUCCAUGCCGGCGGGCUUGUGAAUUGGAACCGACAGUGUAUUCCUCCUUGGCUUGUGCAGAUAUGUUACCGACAUGGAUGGAUUUUAAUGAGUCCAUCAUACCGUCUGCUGCCCCAAUCGAGAGGCCCAGAGCUUCUGCAAGAUGCAACAGCGGCAUACGACUUUGCACGGACUUGGGGCCGAACAAAGAGCAUGCCACGAGAUGUUAUUUUAUGUGGAGCGAGCGGAGGAUUUUUCCUAGUCGCACUUAUCUUGAACCAUUACCUUCCACCGCCGUUAGCGGUACUAUCUAUAGCGGGGAUCAAUACAUUCAGGCACCCGUUCUUCAAUUCAUCUACCCUGCUGGUACAAGAGCCCAUCCAUAAUGAAAUGGUCACUCGCGCCCUGGAUGGGCCAGUAGUUACUGGCACCAAAAAAGCCGGGUUUGUCGGAAUCUUUCACCCCGACAAGCUCACAGCUAUCGGAUCUAAGAAUGUCAACUAUGUGUACCCGCCAGAAAUCGAAGAAUCGACUGAAGCUACUCAACGUGGCUUAUUGUAUGAGUACUUGAUUUAUAAAAAUCAGUAUCUAAAUAUAGUAGGUAAUUUGGACCGAGGGUACGACUGGGCCAAGGACCCUGAAUAUGGCUUCAAGGUGAAAGAUUGGCCAGUCAGUAUAGUCAUUCACGGGGACGCAGACCGAGGGGUCCCUCUUGACGUGAGCGAGCAGAUGCGAGCAUGCUUAGGUCAAGACAAGGUUGUCAUUUUCGUUGCCAAGGGUCAGGAUCAUCUGUUCGAAUUGGAUAGAUUCAUUGAAGACCUUGGACCAGAAAUGGACACUGUUCGAAGUGCGGUAGCAUAUCUUGUUGAUAUUGUAACCACAAAGAAGCGCUCUGCUAGCUGCCAUCCAUCUGACUAG